AUGCCUGCCGGAAAAGAUCGUCUUUACGUCGCACUUUAUGCUCGAGGAGGAGCACCUUCUAUGCCAGGCAAGGAAGACACAUACCACUGGGCACUUCUGGUCGGCCCCAAAGACGAGGUUGGUGAUGGCAUAGGCAUGCGCUAUCACGCAAAAGAGCGCAUCAUAGGGCCAAAUGCGUCUGCGUGGGUUUUCGAAGAGAGAAAAACUACUUUGUCAGCGACUUCGAUGCUACUAGUAUUGAUAUCCAUUGUUCGAAACACACCGGUUAGACAAGGCGUAGCGGGAUGGAAUUGCGUUGGGUGGGUACAAGAAGCAAUGCAAAAUCUAGAAGCUGACGGGAAAGCUCUUGGUACAAGCGUGACUGAGUGGACGAAGGUCAGGAAUACCGCGAUGGAAUACUGCCAACGGAAGAAGGACGAGCAUCGUUUCGACGGACAGGGGAACUCUGAUAUGUUCAAGGCGCCUACGUAUGACUUAGUCGAAGGGAAGGAGAAGAUUUUAUGA